GAAUCUAUUAUUGAGAGAGAGAGAGAGAGAGAAGUAGAGCAGAGAGAAAGAAGAAGAAAGUGAGCGUGUGUGUUGUUAUUUACUUAUUUUUGCUUUUGCAUCUUCCAAAUCCAAAAACAAAAGAACCGUUUGCUCUGUCAUUUUAAUUUUAAUCCUUCUUCCCAAAAAUAUAAAUAAAUAUCCCAUUUUUCCUCAUUUUAUUUUAUUCAUUUUGGUAUUUUACUUAAUUAUUAUUUGAGGGGUGUUAUUCCAAUGGUGGAAGUGGAAAUCUGAAAAGUUGAAUCUUUUGGUUGAUGUGUGUGUGUGUGUGUGUGUGAUGAAACGAUGAUGAUGAUCCUUUGAGAGAGAAACAGAGAAAAGCUUUCGAUGCGUGGCAAUAGAUAGUGAAGAGAAUCUGCACCGUUGAUUUCGUGUCUUUUGCGGGUGGUGGGGGAAUGAACGGUGGUGAUGAUAAGGUUGCAGCUCCGGCGGGUCCACCGCAACCGCUGGAGUGGAAAUUCUCGCAGGUGUUCGGCGAACGUGCGGCCGGUGAAGAAGUUCAGGAAGUGGACAUAAUUUCUGCUAUUGAAUUUGACAAGUCUGGUGAUCAUCUAGCUACUGGUGAUCGUGGCGGUCGAGUAGUUCUUUUUGAGAGGACAGAUUCAAAAGAUCAUGGUGUACCACGAAGGGAUUUGGAGAGGAUGGACAAUUCUCUUACUAGGCAUCCUGAGUUUCGUUAUAAAACAGAGUUUCAGAGUCAUGAGCCUGAGUUUGACUAUCUUAAGAGCUUGGAAAUAGAAGAGAAAAUCAACAAAAUCAAAUGGUGCCAAACAGCUAAUGGUGCUCUGUUCCUUCUAUCUACAAAUGAUAAAACCAUCAAAUUUUGGAAGGUUCAAGAAAAGAAGAUCAAGAAAAUUUCUGACAUGAAUGUUGACCAUUUGAAAGCAGUGGGAAAUGUCUCUAGUUCAAGUAAUUCCAGUAGCUCCAUUCCUUACCUUGCAAAUGGAGGCUUAUCAAUUCCACCAGGAGGCAUACCUUCACUAAAAUUACCUGUGGUAGUAACCAGCAAUGAGACCAGUCUGAUGGCUCGAUGUCGUAGAGUGUAUGCCCAUGCUCAUGAUUAUCACAUCAAUUCUAUUUCAAAUAACAGUGAUGGUGAAACUUUCAUAUCGGCUGAUGAUUUGCGAAUAAACCUUUGGAACCUGGAAAUUAGCAAUCAAAGUUUCAAUAUUGUUGAUGUAAAGCCUGCAAAUAUGGAGGAUCUGACUGAGGUUAUAACGUCGGCAGAAUUUCACCCCACUCAUUGCAACACACUGGCAUAUAGUAGUUCAAAAGGUUCAAUUCGUCUUGUUGACUUGCGGCAGUCAGCGCUCUGUGAUUCUCACACCAAAAUAUUUGAGGAGCAUGAGGCCCCUGGCUCCAGAUCAUUUUUCACAGAGAUUAUAGCUUCUAUCUCAGACAUAAAAUUUGCAAAGGAUGGAAGAUAUAUACUUAGUCGUGAUUACAUGACCCUAAAGUUAUGGGACAUCAACAUGGAUUCUGGUCCAGUUGCUACAUUCCAGGUUCAUGAGUAUUUAAGACCAAAGCUUUGUGAUUUAUAUGAAAACGAUUCAAUUUUUGACAAGUUUGAGUGUUGUCUGAGUGGUGAUGGAUUGCGUGUUUCAACGGGUUCCUACAGUAAUUUAUUCCGUGUGUUUGGUUGUGCCCCCGGUAGUGCUGAGGCUACAACUUUGGAAGCCAGUAAAAAUCCAAUGAGACGGCAAGUUCCAACCCCUUCAAGGCCUUCCAGAUCACUGGGAACUAGUAUAACACGAGUUGUAAGACGCGGAGCUGAUGGAGUUGAUGCAAAUGGCAAUUCUUUUGAUUUCACAACAAAGUUGCUACACUUAGCGUGGCACCCAACUGAAAAUUCAAUUGCUUGUGCUGCUGCAAAUAGCUUAUACAUGUACUAUGCUUAAGAUAAAAGAUUGGAGGACAUGUUCGCAUGAUUAACUUGUUUUUAGGUUGCUGUGAAGAAGGCUUCUUAUCCCCUUCUAUAACCAACCAUUUGGAGGCUACAUUAACUCUCACACUUCGAGUGCCCUUUAUAAAUCUUUUGCAGGAGCUUUUAGGAAAAAGGAUCCAGAAGUCGUCGUUUCGAAAUUCCUGGGUAGGCAGACCUUAUUUUGUUUCUGGACAGGCAGCAUUUCUUCUUUUCUCCCCCACCCUCAUUUUCGCCUUCCAACGCCGAUAUUCUUUCCUCCCCUUUUUCUGUAUCUUCUAAAAGAGAAGGUUCAGUUGAAUGCUUCAAAUUGUGUUUGGCUUGCAAAUGAAGAAGAAAAUAUGUGAUUGUAGCUCUCCUACAACAGAUACUAAAGGAUGUUCAAUAUCUGUCACUAGGAUAAAAAAGUUAAAAAUGUAGUUGUAUUUUUUCCUCCCUUUUUUCUCUUUUGGCUCAGAUGUCUUGUGGGGUGGAGCAGUAGAAACCUGCAGUGCAUCAUUUUUUCAUUGAUUAUUUUUGUGUUGGAAUUUAAUUUGACAAUGCUUCAUAGUCUAAUUUUUGCUGCACACGGUCAAUUUUGUGUAAAAUGUCAAAGUGAUAGUUUCAUGUCGCAAUGUUGUAGGAUAAACUGGAUUGUCGCUUGCAAACCUGACAUCUUAGUUGUAAUUCACUGAAUCUUUAUCUUUUUUUUUUUCA